AUGCCAUCAGUCCCAGAGCACCUGGCCCUCAGUGACUGUCCGGGCUCAUAUUCCCGCGAGCAGCUCACUCCUCGCUCCGAGAACACGGUCUUCAGCCUGGCUCACAACGACACCUUCUGGACCCUGCAGCCCGCUGCGGGACACUGCGAGUACUACUGGCAGGCCAUCCUCCUCAUGACCUCCGGGGGCAGCGUGCUGAUCUGCGGGAUGGUGCUGAGCGGACUUUACUUCGCUGGCUUCUCCAUGAUGGCCACCAACAUCCUGGGCCCCGCUCUGCUGUCUGUGGGGCUGAUGGUGCUGGUGGUGGGGAUGGUUUUGAUGCCCAUCACACGACAAAUGAGGGAUCAGAGCGCAACCAAACACCUCUGCAGUUACUACAAGCCUCAAAUAAACAUCUGA